GACAGAAUCUUCUUUUUAUUAAACCAAAUAUAUACUGUAUGUAUUGAAUUAGUUGCUAUUUUAAUAAACAUCCCCAGCUAUUUUCCAGGCUGUUUCUAUUUCUCAACUCUUUCCAUUUUUAUACCUUCUUCUACUUUCUUUUUUCACUCAGCAUCUCUCUCUCUCAAACCUUAACCAAGUGUGUUUGCUCUAGCUUUCCUCUCCAAUCUCAAACUCGAUCAAAGCGUUUGUGGAUAUAACCUUAAAUUCAAAUGGAUCCGUGCUCUUUCGUACGGAUCAUAGUCGGAAACUUAGCCGUUAGAUUCCCAUCUCCCUCGUUGUCUUCUUCAUCUGAACCGUCUGUUUCCGGAACCAAUACUUCCUCAGCCUCAGCUCCUAACUGCUACUCCAAAAUCAAAUUCAAGUCUUUCCCUCGUCAGAUCAUCUCCGUUCCGGUUAUCUUCCGAACCGAAUCUGAACCCGAGACUCGUUGCUCAACCGUCGCAGCUUGCUUCAGUCUAAGCAAAGCUCAGAUCGAAGCCUCCCUCAAGAAGCCUAAGUCGAGUGUCCUCUCCGUCGAGACUUACUCACGCGGCGAAGGCGUUAGCGGCGCGUCGUGUGGACUCGCUUCCGUGAGCGAGAAGUUGUUAGGAAGAUUCGAGGUUUCGUUAGAUUUAAAAGCCGCGGAGACGAAGACGUGUUUGGCACACAACGGAUGGGUCGCCUUGGGGUCUAAGAAAUCAAGGAAUAAAGCUGGAUCCGAUCCGGAGCUCCACGUUACUGUACGGGUUGAACCCGACCCGAGAUUCGUGUUUCAGUUCGACGGCGAGCCGGAGUGUAGUCCUCAGGUUUUCCAAGUACAAGGAAACACAAGACAAGCGGUUUUCACUUGCAAGUUCGGCGCUAGAAACACCGGUUCCGGCGAUCGGAAUCUUCUUCACAGCUCUUCGAUGAUGUCCGAAACGAGAAGUAGUUGCAUAUCGUCGAUGAAAUCGGAGAAGGAACAACCAUCGAAAGAGAGAAAAGGUUGGUCUGUAACGGUCCAUGAUCUCUCCGGGUCGCCUGUAGCGAUGGCCUCAAUGGUCACACCUUUCGUUCCAUCUCCAGGUUCGAACCGCGUGACGCGAUCAAGUCCCGGCGCGUGGCUUAUUAUGAGACCCGACGGUUGCACGUGGAAGCCAUGGGGGAGACUAGAGGCGUGGCGUGAAGCUGGUUACUCCGACACACUUGGUUACCGUUUCGAGCUCUUUCAAGAUGGAAUCGCCACGGAGGUCUCUGCCUCGUCGUCUAUAAGUUUGAAAAGUGGCGGGAGUUUUGUUAUUGAUGUCACCGGUGGGACAAACACGGCGGGAUCUACGCCCAUGACGAGUCCUCAGGGAAGUUUGGAUCUCGGAUCCGGGUCAAGUGCCGGGUCGAGACCCGCGUCGAGACCUGGAUCGGGGUCCGGGUCGGAUUUUGGAUAUUUACUGCCGCAGCAUCCGGGGCAGAGCAGGGGGUUUGUGAUGUCGGCGUCGGUGGAAGGAGUGGGGAAACAGAGCAAACCGGAGGUGGAAGUGGGUGUGACGCACGUGACAUGCACGGAGGAUGCAGCAGCGCACGUGGCGUUAGCUGCGGCGGUGGAUCUGAGUUUGGAUGCUUGCAGGCUGUUUUCUCAGAAGCUAAGGAAAGAGCUGAGACAGCAAAGCCAGCUUGGUGUCGUUUGACGUGUAUUGCUUUGUCGUUUUACCAAUUCAUGAGUUGUCUUCCACUCACCAAUUUUUCUUUUCUUGUCUUCUGGAAAAUGUUUUUUUUUCUGAGGUAGCGUUAGGAAUUAGGCAAUUAGCCAGCCAAUUUUUGAGAAGGUGGAUGUCAUCAUUAUUAAGAUUGUUUAUAUGUUUUAUGUACAGCUAAGAAAUGACAGAAGCAACUUCUUAUCUCAUUAUCUUAUCCUAGUCCAAACGGUCCAUUCGAAUGG